UUUUUUCUUCUGCAGGCUGCUGACAAGGCCACAAGGUUUAAUUACCUGCUACAACAGACUGAGAUCUUUGCUCAUUUUAUGAACACAACAAGAUCAAAGAAACAGCCUUCCAGUCCUUUGAAAAUGAAGGCACCGCAGUUUCCAAGCAGAAGUAGAAAAUUGUCUGAUUGUGGAGAGUAAGUGGAUGUUGAAGUUUUUAGAUACAGUCAAGUACCUUUCACUCUUGCUGCUUCAACAGUGUCCCAAACCAAAAUUUUUAUUAAUAUCCCAAUUUUUAACUUUGUCAAACUCUAAAAAGAACUACACUGGAACUUGGUAUAACAAAGGGCCAAGGGAUUAGCCAAUAAUUAUGUUCAAUCUUACGGAUGUCUGUGUUACUGAAAGCCUUGGAUUGGAUUUUUGAUUUAUAAUGUUACACUUUUUUUUCAUUUAAGUCAUCGGCAUCGUCGCACAGAACAAGAAGAAGAUGAAGAGUUGAUCAGCGAAAACAAGCAUGCACAAAAGUCUGUUAUUCAUUUUGAUCAGAAUCCACACUGUAAGUAACUUGUCUUACUUGUACACUCAACGUUUUCACAAGUCUGAGUCUUAGAUAAUGAUCCAUGGGUGUUUUCUAAAGACACCAUUUACCUAGGAAAAAAAUUACCUACAACAUGUACAUUUGCUUACAUACGUUUUUGUAAUAGGUUUUUAUUUCUUUCUUUGUUCCUUUGGCAUCCCUUGGGCUAAUAUUAUUAUAGUACAGCAUUUCCCGAAAAAGUACAGCAAUGGCAAGAUCAGUGUGUCUGUAAUGAAAUGUUUGAGGUCUUUAUAAGGGAGGACUAUCUUUGAAUCUCUCCUCUGGUGCCGAUAUACGUAUACAUGCAUUAUGCUAUGUACAGUAACGUUGUACAACAAGUUAGUUAAAUUAAUUAUUGGCAGAGACAAUAAAGCAAUUUGAAUAUUUUGCUUUGCAGAUAUCAAAAAAGGUGAAAUGCGAGAUUAUCAGAUUAGAGGUCUCAAUUGGCUGAUUUCACUAUUUGAAAAUGGAAUCAAUGGAAUUUUGGCUGAUGAAAUGGUAAAGUAGAAUAGUUAUAAUAUGUUAUUCUACAUCUACAGAAAAGAAUCCUUCUUGAUACCUUUUUUUAGGCUCUGUUUUUUUUUUACCCUUAGUGGAAGAAUAAUGUAUCGCAGUCUUUCAUACACAUACUUGCAUUUUCACGAAAUAUAUGUGGUCAUUCUUCAUUUAACAUUUUUCAUGUAUGUAACAUAAUCCAAUGAAAUAGAUUUUCCUUUUUAUUUAUUUAAUUUUUUUCCUCCUUUAUACUAGUUAUGUUCUCGAAGAUAUUAGCCUUUCAGGCUACUCUCAAAUUCGACUAUAAAUAAAGUUCAUUUAUGUAUGUAUAGUUUUGUUUUUUUUUUUAAUUAACACAUACAGUGCUGAUUUAGAACCAAUCUUUCCAGUCCUCAACAGUAGCUCUAGCUAUAAGACCAGAACUAGUAUAAAUUGGGUUUUAGCUUUAAAAUGUGAAAACUUCUAGGAAUCAGAGUUACUUUUGAGGAAGUUAGAAGGUCAUAAAACAGCUGUUUUUCUAUUUGUAUAGGGUCUAGGCAAGACUUUACAGACCAUUUCCCUGUUGGGCUACAUGAAGCAUUUUCGGGAGAUUCCUGGCCCGCACCUCGUGAUUGUUCCAAAGUCCACAUUAACCAACUGGAUGUCAGAGUUUGAGCGGUGGUGUCCAACCAUCAGAGCUGUGUGCUUGAUUGGUACUCAGGAGCAGAGAGUAAGUGAAACACUACUGUUUGGUCAACUGUUCAUCUGUUUGACCUCAUCGGUUCAAAAAAAUCUGUUAAGCCAUUCAACCAUUCUGUUUCGAACCGCUCAGCUCUUGUAUCUGUUUUUUAUCUGUUUGCUUGCUGCGCAUUCAGUCGUUUGAACGGAUGUCAUGAGGAAGGUUUUUGCAUGAAUUAUCACAUUUUUGUAAUUACAUGUAGCAGGCUGAAAAUUUUGUUCUGAGCCCUGGUCAAUUACUCAGCGCACCAGCAAGGGUCGGGUUGUUCAAAGCUGGGUUAAGAUAGCCCAGUGCUAGUGCAUAAUUUGAAUUCAGAUUUAAAGUUUAAAAACCAAAUUAAGUUUAAUUCAUUUUGUCUGCAAUUUGAUGUGGUAAAAAGAAUAAAGAAAAGAAUCCCAGAAAACAAAGCAAAGAGAAACCUGGAUCAGCAUGCAAAGAAAGUAGUGUCCGAUAACCCGGGGCUAGUGGAUUUUGUUAUCAGGCUGGUGAAUUCUGUUCUUAUCUUGCCUGACCGGCAAGUGAAGUUUUUUUUGAGGAAUUCAAAUUACAGAAUAACUGUGAAAUCAGUUCUGCUCAUCAAAGAGUUUUUGGGGCUAGUUGAAAUGACGUUUGGGCAAGUACAUGGUGGCCUCAGCUUGCCCAAAUGGCAAGCUGUAAAAAUGACUUUCUCUGCACCCUGCUGCAUUAACAAUUAACAUGAACAAUGAAAAAGUGGACCCAAGCUUUUUGUUGUCAUCUUGUUUUGUUCAGUUGUCACUAUUAUUUUAGUCUUCACAAAUGGUAAUCUAAACAUGACAGUGAAUUGUUUUCUUGUUGUCGUUGAUUUUUUACACAAUGUUUGUUAAUUAGCUAUUUUCCCUCUGCAUCUGUAGGCAGCAUUUAUUCGUGACACCAUGUUACCAGGAGAGUGGGAUACAUGUAUCACAUCUUAUGAGAUGGUGAUCAGAGAGAAAGCUGUUUUUAAGAAGUUUGCUUGGAGAUACAUCAUCAUCGAUGAAGCACACAGAAUCAAAAAUGAAAAGUCCAAGGUAAGAUGGAAGACCUCUCUUGGUCCCUGUGGCUAGUUUACGUGAAGUUGUGGCUCAUUUGCUACUUUGACUUGGUGGAUGGCUGACGUUCGUUUAUGACAGGACUUAAGAGUUAUAAUAAAACUCCUUGACCACAUUUAUAUACAGCUGUACAUGCAAAUAGGAAGCCGGUCUGCCUAUUGCCAGUUGUUUUUUACAUCAUUAAGUUGACUUAUGUUUAUGUAUAUAGUGAACACCACCAACUCACUGAAUCAUAUAAGAAAAAAAAACCUCACUUCAUUUCAACUUCUGCAUAAAAACUCUUCCCUAGUCUUUCAAUGUAACAUAAGAAAUCCCUCAUAGGAACAGACUAGAUGCAACUUUUCUAAGAAACUCAUGUUAUUACCUUUUUUGUUCAAGUAUUUGUUACUUGGAAAUACAUGUACAUGUAAGCUGUCAGUGUUCUUAAAAUAAAUAGCAGAUGUACAUUGCCAAUAUAGUACACACUACUUUAAUCUUUGGUUUUGUAAGGUAAAUCUGACUGGUCGUCUUUUAAAAUGUUUGGUUUUAGCUCUCAGAGAUUGUGCGAGAAUUGCGGUCAACAAAUCGUUUGCUACUGACAGGCACUCCAUUACAGAACAAUCUUCAUGAACUUUGGGCACUGUUGAACUUCUUACUACCUGAUGUCUUCAGCUCAGCUGAUGUGAGUCCUAUGUAAUAGUUUUUUGCAGAGCAUGUAACUAUUACAGACCAAAAAAGCAACAGUUUAUUAUUUUUUGCCUUUGAAGGGUAUGAUUACUGAGUACUGUACUUGAACUGGCACAAACAACCACCUGUAUGCCUCAAGCAAGAAAUAUUUUUCUUUGCCAUCAUCCCAUACCUUUACUGUUCCUCACACCUCCAACUACUCUAACUAAAAGAGUGGGAAAGUAUUAACUUCUUUACAACUGCUACAUCAGCAUAAAAAAAAAAAAUCAUUCCAUUUUGUUGAAGUCCAAUGAUAUUGCUUAGCACAGAAAGAGGUAAAACUAAAAAAGUUUAAAAAUGUCAGGCCAAGCCCUAAUAACAGUACAGUGGUAGCGUAAUAAAGUUGCCCCUGAUGUCCAAGUGGUGCCACCAAGUAGGAGUUAUAGUAAUUUAUUAGAAUAAAAAUUAUAACAUCAGACAGCUGUACUUCAUUAGAGCUGCCACCUACUGCAAUGUUGUCCUCAUACUUAUUGUCACUUGCGUAGAGUUAUGAGUCUAUUUUCCAUUUGCUGCUGGAGGGGUGUUUAGUUUUUGAUCGAGAAAAAGCAAGUCUUGGCAAAGCUAGUUUACAACCCUACAUUGCUAGUUGUUCUACCCUACCCCUUUCCCCGUCACCAAAAAGGCAUCUGUAGGCAUGCCCUUUUUGCAGGGGAUGCAAAAGGGCAUUCAUUCAGUAAUGAUUUUCACUUUGUUUUCUCAGGAUUUUGAUGCGUGGUUUAACACUAAUUCUCUAGUGGAAGAAAAGCAGCUUGUGGAACGUCUUCACUCAGUAAGUACUCAGAGGUUGUCAGGGUUGUUCUCUAGAAGUGCCUGGCAGCUGCCUGUGACUAAAAUUAGCCACUGACAUGGAAUUAUGACUAAUGUAUUGAAUCAUGACUCAACCUUCAGGUUUUAAGGCCAUUCCUUCUACGUCGUCUUAAAGCUGAUGUCGAAACCAGACUUUUGCCAAAGAAGGAGACCAAGAUUUACGUAGGCCUGACAAAGAUGCAAAGAUAUUGGUAGGUUAUUCUUUAAGGUGACAAACUUUUGUUUACAGUUGGAAAUAUUUAUAGCUCAAAGGCUAGUCAGCUAGUUAUCAAAUAAAUGUCAAUUUAAAGAACAGCUCCCCCAAAAGUCUGUAGGCUAACAGUCAGUUAACUUUAAACUCACAGUCUGCCAACAGAUAACCCACAGUUGGCCAAUAAGUGGACAGAUUUUGGGGGAAGCUGUUCCUCAAUUUUACCCAAAUGAAACGUAACAAAAUUAGAAAUCCCAGCUUCCCGAAGGAAAACCUUUUAACUAUUUGCAAGCCCUAAGUGCUCCAGCUAGUAGUCAAGUGAAACUUUAAAUUGGGCACCGGAUUACAUGUCCAGCCCUCUGCUCACUCACCCUUGUUUACCCACCUUAGCUGUUCUUUGAAGCAAAUAUGUAGCUGUAACUUUAUAAUAAUAUAUUGGAAACAAUGGGUCUUUCGGUAAUGAUAAAAGGCAAGAUAGCUACAGCGGUUUAUAAAUAAAUACUUAAUAAUCUUCCCUUGUGGAGCUUUUCAGUGAUAAUGAACCAAAUAAUUUUAAUUGAACAUAACAUGGUUAAGAAUCCCAACUGGUUGGAGGCGAACCAGUUGGCAAUUUUACAAGAAAGGCAGAAAAUUUUGAUUUGAGACUACCCAGAACAAACUUAGCUAACAGUCAGGGCAGGACUUAAAUUUGGGGCCUCUGGAUUACAAGUCCAGCACUCUAACUACUUGGCCACACUGCUCUUAUGAGCAAUCAUGGAUCUAAUAUUCCAUUUCUGUGACAUAACUUAACAAGAUGGUUGUGCAAUAACUGAUGUAACAUUUUUAGGUACACCAAGAUCUUAAUGAAGGACAUUGAUGUGGUGAAUGGAGCUGGCAAAUCAGACAAAAUGAGGCUUCUGAACAUUCUCAUGCAGCUUCGCAAAUGUACAAAUCAUCCGUAUUUAUUUGAUGGAGCAGAACCUGGUAUGUGCUUGCUCCUUUAUAUCAUCAGCACUAGUGUCACUGUUCAGCAAAAUUGUAAGCACCCAUUUAGGAAUUGAAAGUGGUGAUAAAAGCAUGAGAAGGUUCUUAUUUCCCUAGAUGUUGCUUGUAAUGUGUUAGUGCACUUGUAACAAGAAUUGAAGUUACAAAGUACAUGUACAAAGUACAUGUACAAAGUGAUCUUGUCUUGUGUUUACCAUCUUACCGUCCUUGAGACCCAGGGGUUGUUAUUAAAUUGGGACAAACGUUCAUGGUCAAAAUCAUUAAAGGCAAAGUUUACUAGAGGAACCGGUUAAAGGGUGUAAGGCUUGUUUAUAGUGGAAAGUGUACUAAGCUUAUCCAGCUAGUUUACAGGCACUUCACUCAAACAGUAGAAACAGAUAAUUCAAAUAUAACGUAACAGGAUUUAAAACCCCAAGUGGCAGGGGGCAACCAGCUGGCUAUUUACAAGCACAGCCGAGGAUUUGAACUCGGGACAACCAAGAACAAAUCCGGCAAGUGGUCCGAGCAGGACUUGAACCCAGGACAGCUAGAUUGUGAGUCUGACACCCUAACCACUCAGCAACGCUGCCACCAGGCAAGCCUCAGGGGUUUCCCGGUUUUGUUAUAAACUUGCCCUUAAAUGUCCCAUCCCAGUUACCUGCCUCUGCAACUACUACCACUUACACUUCUACUGCUACAGCACAAGGAGUUCAUUAUAUUAUGAUGUUCUAUUAUUAUUUACCGUAAAUCCUCUAUUAAGCCCCCCGGGGGGCUUAUUUUUUUCAACAAUUUUGAGGGGGGGCUUAAUAGAGAGAGGGGGCUUAAAAGAGAGGGGGGGGCUUAUUUAAUUUAGUGAAACGCAUCACCUGUAGCAAAAAUACCGUGGUAUGAGACAGAGUAGACUUGGGCAUUGUACAAUUAAAGUCACUGUCAAAAGUAUUUAAUUCACUUGUGGGAGCCUAAAAGUAGCAAAAACAAAAUUCUUAUUCUUCAAAAAUGUGCUUUCGGCCUCAUGUUCUUCGGUAAUUUUUAUGAAUAAACCAUAACUGAUCAGUCCACGUUAAUCGUUAAUUUUUUGUGAAGAAUAAGGAUUGGGGGAGGGGGAGAGGGGGGGCUUAAUAGAGAGGGGGGCUUAUUAGCUUUCCUCCUCUGAAAAGGAGGGGCUUAUUUGAGAGGGGGCUUAUUAGAGAGGGGGCUUAUUUGAGAGGGGGGGCUUAUUUGAGAGGGGGGGCUUAAUAGAGGAUUUACGGUAUUUGUUUUAAUUUAAGGUCCUCCAUACACGACUGAUCAACACUUGGUAGACAACAGUGGCAAGUUACGUGUGCUGGACAAACUGCUUUUCCGUCUCCAGCAGCAAGGCUCCCGAGUGCUGAUAUUCUCACAAAUGACAAGAGUGUUGGACAUCCUGGAGGACUACUGUCUCUGGAAGGGCUAUGACUACUGCCGUCUGGAUGGACAGACACCUCAUGAAGAAAGACAGUCACAGAUCAAUGCCUUCAACAUGCCUGACAGCACCAAGUUUGUUUUCAUGCUGAGCACCAGAGCAGGUGGUCUGGGAAUUAACCUGGCGACAGCAGACAUAGUUAUUUUGUAUGACAGUGACUGGAAUCCUCAAGUUGAUCUCCAAGCCAUGGUAUGCUGCUGUUGUUAAUACCCCUCAUGUUAGAUAAGUAGCUUUUGAGGUACCUCUCCAAUCAAACUUUACUGGAAAUUGGCCACAAUUCAAUGAUAAAUGUUACUGGUGUCAAAGAUAGGUUGUUAUACUGUUGCCGUAAUAUUUAUUGCAUAGUUAGAAUCACUUUUGAAUUGAACGUUCGGUAAACAAAAAUCGUCUGCGCAAGUGCAUGCUUUUCUCCUCCUACAUGUAGUUCAUGUUAGACUCAUAAGAGAAAGCCCUGUCAUUGCUAUGUAUCCUGCAUGUGGUAUUUGGUCUCCCGUGAAAAAGAAAGAAUCCACUCUGCUGUUUGGAAAAAGUGGGAGUCCUAGACCCCAACAGUGUGGGUCAAUCUUUCGUAGGGGAGGGGACUGUCAAAGACAGCCUGCAGUAACUUGCUUCACACUGUUGCAAUUACCCUGCCAGAAAUUGGUGAAUCUGUUACAUCUGCAUCAAAGACUAAGUGAAGCAAAGUCUUCUUGUAUGAAAAAAACAAAACAAUAGACUCUAACUGCUGUCCUUCAUGUCAAGAGAUAAGCAUGCUAAGAAUGUUGCCAGUGUGUAACAGCUUUUUUACUUGUGCAUGUACAUACAACUCUAAAAAUUGUGACUAUCUUUCUCCGACAUUCUCCCACCCCAUCCCACAACAUCCCAGCCCAUGAGUUACACACUCACUGUGUAAUCAACUCGACUCAACUUUCUGUUUUGCUUCUUAGGACCGCGCCCAUCGUAUUGGACAGAAGAAACAAGUCCAUGUGUUCAGAUUUAUUACAGAAAGUACGGUAGAGGAAAGGAUCGUGGAAAGAGCAGAAAUGAAACUCAGGCUUGAUGCUAUUGUUAUUCAACAAGGUACACUACAAAUCCUCUUGAGUCAUUAAUAUUGAUUUAACCCUUUAAACCUUAAGAUCAAAAUUUGAAUUCUCAUUUGUUGCCCCUAUUCAUUUCCUACAGAAGUAGUAGGGAGAAGUUGAUAAAAUAUCAAGCAAUCUCAUCUUGUACGAUCAUGUCUGUAAUUCUCAUGACCACUCAGUUUUACAAAGCAUUGAUAUUACAAGGAGAAAUUUUAUGCUGAUCACUCUUUGGGUAGGUUUUUGAAAAUGUUAUAGAGACUCCAUCCCUGAUCUCAAAAUUUUAAACUCAAUUUUAUUUCAAGAGGCUUUAAUAGAGUUCUGAGGAUUGAAUUAUGACUGUGAUCUUACAUUUGAGUGAUGCCAUGCUUUCGAUGAAGUAUAGAUACAUGUACUUGUAUUAAUAGUAGAAUAAGGGGAAAUGACUCUCAUUCUGUCCAUUCUCAACUUUUUACAAUGAUAUUCUUGCAUAUCUGCCAAGAAAAAGCAUCAUAAAAGAACAAUUGAUAUUACACUGUUAUCUUUUAGGACGCCUUGUUGAUCCAAACCUGAAGGUCAGCAAAGAUGAAAUGUUGAGCAUGAUCCGACAUGGCGCUGAUGCGGUGUUUGCUUCAAAAGAUGAAGAAAUUACUGAUGAAGACAUAGAUGCAAUCUUGAAGAAAGGAGAGAAGAAGGUACUGUAGAAGUGCUAGCCUACUAAUUUGCUUGUUGUGCUGAAUCCUUUGAGCUCGCUACUUUUUCAGGACUUCUAUUUCAACAUUUACUGUUUUCAAGAUACACUUCACAUAGUGCCAAAACAGAACAUUUAAAGAGCAACACAUAUCAAAAGUUCUCAUUGUAAAAACAGUUCACCGCACAGCAUAACUGUUAAUGCACUUUAUAGCUUUUUAUGUUGUUGACAGUCAGACAGACAGAGUUAAAUGUUUUCAUUGUGGAGUUCAUUAGUUUUCGAAUGUUUGUUUCUCAAAGAAGUCAUUUGUUGAAAUUCUUGGUAAUCUGUCCAAUUAUAUGAGUGUACCUUAAUGUUCCUUCCAUGGUUAGAAGCAAAGAUGUAUAUAUGUACAGAAAUUCUAGGUUUCAAAACCUGACAUUUUGUAUAAAGUUUGCCAAAGUGGACGUCUUCGUAGUACCACCCAGCUUGAUCCAUAACUUUGUCAAAAAUUAUCAAUUUUUUGUUGUUGUUGUUGUUGCUUUUAGACGGCUGAGAUGGAAGAGAAGAUGAAACAAUUUGGAGAAGGUUCACUGAGAAAAUUGGCUAUGGAUGCACCAACAGAAAGCAUCUUUCAUUUUGAGGGUGAAGAUUACAAGGAGAAACGAAAGGUGAGGAAGGGGAUGAAACUUUUUUUAAAAUUUAAACGAUUUAAUGUGUUCUUUCCUGUGGAAACUUUUAUUAAGCUGUUGAAGGUGACACCUCCUAACAUUGGAGUUCAGUGUUGUGGAAAUUGGUAAUUACCCCGCCACGCCUCAAGAAUGACGAACCAAAGGUUGUGAGAGUAAAAAUUCUUUGAUUCUCUCAAUUAAUCUUAUUAGGAAAUGUAUGGAGAUGAGUGUGGAGAAUAUUGGUUAUGUGGAUAUUGGGCCUUAAAGGGUGAAAAUGACUUUAGAACGUUGGGUGAAAACAACAUUUUGCAAAGUUAAGUGUAUUUCUCUUUGUUUUUUUUUUUUUUUUUUCCAAUUGAAGACCGGUGGUAUACAUCACUGGAUUGAACCCCCAAAAAGAGAACGUAAAGCUAACUACGCCGUGGACGCCUACUUCAGAGAAAUGUUGAGAGUCAGUGAACCAAAAGCACCAAAGGUAAGACCUCACAUGUAAAGAUCUCAAGUUGCUAAAAUAGAUUUCUCUGUAACCGAUAACAGUGUUUGCACGGGUCAUGAAAGACGUGGAAAGGUAUGAAAUUUAAGAAUUUCGUUUUCCAGGCCUGGAAAUGUAUGGAUUUUAAUUUUCAGUCCUUGAAAGUCAUGGAAAAAUUAAGUUAUGUUUGGUAGAUCAGUUGCUGCAGAUAUCAAAGCAAGGACAAUGUAAGAUAGACACGAGUAAAAAAUAUACAGCGUGAACUGCGCGCAUUUUAGUGAACACACAAGUUGGUUUGUGCUGAACUGAGUUAGGGCAAAAAGUACCCUAAAACAUGGAAAGUUUGGAAAAUUUCCUCGAACGUGACAUCCUAACCUAAAGGCAUCGAAAUCAUGACACGGUCAUGGAAAAAAUCAUGGAAUUUCAAAAUAUCAAAGGAGUAAGAACCCUGCCUAAGGUCAGAAGUAAAAACGAGUGCAUUACAGAACAAACUCUAAUUUAUAGCUAAGCCCCAUACCUAAGAAAACUUGGUUAUCUAUCCAUCCGAAAAAUUUUGGUAAUCACGUGACCGUACGCCCGUCCGUCCUUCUGUCCGCACCAGGGGGAGACCAAUGUGAAAUGUCAACGUUCUAUCUAGUGUGGGAGCCUGUAACCUGUGUUUAACUUGAUAAUAGACAUCCAUGUUGUGGUCAAUUGACAGCUGUCAAUACAGGGUAUCCGCUGACCAGUGUCCCAUGACCGUAUCACGGGCUCAGGUGUCAUCUCAUUGAGGUCACGUGUUUUUUUCAAGUUUUUCGCUCAGUAGUUCUUAGCUUUUAAUUGAUGGCAGGCUCAAGUUUACGUUUGUCAGUCAUAUACUGUGGAUUUCCUGGCAAUGGUUUAAAAGUCCAUUGUAUGAAGUAAAUUUAAAAUGCAUAAACGGGAGCUUCGCUUUUAGCUCGAGCUAAAUCUAUGUUUUAUCCUUGAUCUGUCUGAUGCAGGCACCAAGACCUCCAAAACAACCUAAUGUACAGGACUACCAGUUCUUCCCGCCAAGACUGUUUGAACUUCUGGAUAAAGAGAUAUAUGCCUACAGGAAGAGUAUCGGAUACAAGGUGGGGACGCUUAGCAAUGACUUCGCUUAUUGUUGACACUCAGGAAUUGUCUUCCCCUUUUUAAAGAGGCUCAUUGAAGACUUCCAUGCAGCGGUCCCUUUUUGACCCUGACACGGGUCCGGACAAAUAUUUGAACGGAUAAAAACUUGCACGGAUGCGCCUUUCCGCGUUUACACGGCACCCGUGGAAGUGUGCAAGGUUUUGAUCCCCAAAGUUUGUAAACAGUACUGCCAUCUCUAACACAAUUUGCACGGGACCCGUGUAAACGGAGUCUGAGUACCUGAAACAAUCUGAUCUUAAAGUCGAUGUCUUAAGUUGAUUUAGUUUGCCGUUCAGGGAAGAGCUGUAGCUGGGUGGAGCUGUAGUCGCAGUUCUUUCGUUCUCAUAGAAGUGGCGUGCAAUAGAAAUUUUGGAUCAAUUAAGGUUUCUGGGAAAUUGCCCACCUACCCCUCACCUAAGUCAACAUUAACACUUACUCCUCACUUAGUGCAAAAUGUUGGAUUAGGGGAGGGGUAGGUGAGUAGUUUCCAGAAAACCUAAAUUGGUCCGAAAUUUUUGGUCGCUGUCGCUUUUUGGUGUACUUAAUAGUUUACAGGCACGAGGAGCUGUCUUUCAACUACGAUGGAGCGUUAUUUCGGCGGCGAAUUUUCUGCAGCGAAUUCCCCAUAUGACUGAAGUAAACAGCUCUUGGCCGAAAACAAAUUCCGCCCAAAAUAGAGCAAUGUUUGUUUUUCUAAAAGGAAUUUUUGUCAUGAUCAUCUGUCGAACUUAAAACUAUUGUUUGGUCAGGUUCCGCGUGAUCCUGAGGACCCACAAGGUGCUGAGAGGCAGAAAGAAGCUCAACGGUUAAUAGACGAGGCUGAACCGCUUAACGAGGAGGAAGUGACAGAAAAAGAACAACUGUUACAAGAGGUACAUUUGGUUUGAAAAUUCAUUUUGUCUUUUGUAGUAAACUUUUCAGGUAAUAAUGAUCUUGUCUACAAAGCGAGAGGUCGCGGGAUUUAUCCCUGGCCUAGACUACAUCAUCAGGGUCUUGGAAUAAUAUCGGAAGAAAAGAAGGUACUACCUGUGUCCUGCACACGCCUAGACUGUCACGUGAGACGGGUCACCGCUUGGAGCUUUAGUAACGACGACGGCGGUAGCCUGUGUCAGGCUCUCAGAUAGUAUGGUGGAACGUAUUAAAACGAGCAAAGCGAAAAUGAGACGCGCACGACUUGGGAAAGGGGGCGGAGGCGGCGGGAAAAAUGGGCGGUUUUCGCAUUUCUUUUUACUGAACGACUUUCCACCACCAUCUCAGGAGCCUGGAACAGGCUACGACGGCGGUGGCAGCGAAAACGUCACUUUAAACUGGAUUCCGCGGUUUUUUUUUUUUUUUUUUUUAAACUUUUUCGCGUUUCUUUCCAACUCGCUUACAGUGUCAGUGUUUGUGAGUUUCCCUGCAGUUAAUUUCUUGAGGACCAUACCAAUAGUUCAGAAAAGAGAGAAAACAACUUGUCGUAAAAGUAAAUUUCACGUCUUAAGGGCCUGUUUACAUGGAUUGGGGAACCCCGGUCUAGUGGGGUUGGUUUCUUUUGUUUUCACGCUCUGGGGGACACAAAACAAAAGAAACCUACCCCACUCGACUGGGGUGCCCCACUCCAUUUAAACAGGGUCUAAGUCGUGCAGUGACGGCGAAGUAGAAAAAAGCGUGAUGCACGUGCAGAGCUGUUUUGCUUAUCAGACCUAUUCAAUUGCUUUUUGAUGUUCUCAUUGUGGUCGUCUUUGCUGAAGAUCCCUAAUACUGGCCUCAGGCUACUGUCACUUCACAACCAUAUUUUUCUUCACGUAGGGCUUUACAAACUGGUCUAAGCGAGAGUUCAACCAGUUCAUCAAAGCUUGCGAGAAGUACGGUCGAGACGACCUGGACAACAUUUGCCAGGAUGUGGAAGGAAAGACUCCAGAGGAAGUAAGAGCGUAUGCUACAGUGUUCUGGGAGAGAAAAGACGAAAUGACGGAUAUCGACAAAAUUAUGGCGCAGAUUGAGCGCGGAGAAAGUAAGAUUCAACGGCGAAUCAGCAUAAAGAAGGCGCUUGAGGCCAAGGUAGGAAACGUUUUUGUUGCUGUUUCACCUUCCAGGGGUCAAUGAGGUAGACACGUUAUGUUGCAAAUUUGAGUCUAAGUAUAAUUCUGUAUUGUUGUGUUCACAUAACAGCUACUGAGUAGGACUUUCACAUGAUGCUUUUUGUUAUGAACUUGGCUCUAACUUUCGAAGUUUUGGACGAAAUUGUAUGGUAAAGUCCAUUCUCACAUAAAACCAGUAAUCAGCCUAGUUUAAUCCUGAAUUUCCUUUAUUUCCUCGCCCUAAAUAUCUUCAAGAAAGAAGUGAAAUCCUGGUUUACAGUAAAACGGAAAUGAAACCCUUUCGUUAGUACUUUCACAUGGUGCUAUUCGUUUUUUUACGUUGUUCUAACUUUGGUGUCCGUCGAUAAAAUUCUAUGAUGUUACCAAUUAAGUGGAAUUUCAUCGGCAGUACCUUUCGUGGUGUCAUUUGUUUGUCGGUAAUUUGCUCAAGUUGAAAUUCUCUAAUUCUUUACUUUUGCGACUUUUGGGAUUUUAAUGAGCACUAAAUGUGAUCCCUCUGCCCACUGGAACAAUUUUGAGGUAAUGUUUAACAUGUUUAGCGAAAGGCAUUUUAAAAUUUUAACAGUCUACCCACAUUUUUUCUCUUUGUGUUAACUGUAUUUUGUUUCUUAUAUUCAGUUUCAGUUGUUGUUGUUUUUGUUUUUUAUCAGAUGGCCCGUUAUCGCUCUCCCUUCCACCAAAUGAGGAUCGCCUACGGAACAAACAAAGGAAAGAACUACACAGAAGAAGAGGAUCGCUUCUUGGUUAGCUUAAAAAUCCUUUUACAUCCCCUUUCUCGAAGUCUGUAAGGCUAUACAUUAUUUUUUGUUUGUGUGAAUCCUCCGCGGCGGUUACCGUGGGGCCUAUCUGAUGUGAAAACUGAACAAAAACUCCCGCGCAGAAAAUUAUGAUAAAUCGCAUCUGAAUUCGAGGAGACAAGGAUUUCGCUGACACAAAUCGCCAUAAAUUGUCGCUAUAACCUCUAAACUCGGAUCGAAGCAUCCCACUUAAAAUCCCCUUUUGUAGCAAGAGAUACGGUUGCUUAACAUUCUAACAGGGACAUGUAGCAGCUCUCCUAGCCCCAAAAGCCAAUUGGUUCGAUACCCUAACCGUGAAAUAAUAGGAAAUAAUGAUAAGCAAUGAUGUUAUUGUUUUCUGCAACCAAUGUGGAAACACCUUACGAGCAGCUCCUACAUUACUCUUGUAAAAGGGACUAAUUUCUUUGUGAUAUUUCCCCGUCAGAUUUGUAUGCUGCACAAGCUCGGAUUUGAUAAGGAGAACGUGUAUGAUGAACUGAGGAUGGCGUGCAGGAGCGCACCACAAUUCCGGUUUGACUGGUUUCUAAAAUCCAGGACAGCACAGGUGUGUCUGAAUUGAAUGUCGUAAAAUCAAAACCAAAGGUACUUCUCUGGCCAAUCACAAUACGCACAGGCUAUCGAUUGAACCAAUCAGAGCUGGAAACGCGAAGCGCGGGAAAACGCAUGUAAGCAGAUCACGAUUGGGUUUGAUAUUCAUCCUGAUUGGCUGUAUAAUAUGCACGGGUGUACUCAGCCAAUCAUAUCGCACAGCGAUACUGAGGGCAAGUCUUUACUAAAUUUCUAUUGGUUGCAGAAUUUGGCAGUUGUUUUGAUGCUUUUUGUUCACAAUUGCAGGAGCUUCAGCGUCGUUGUAACACACUGAUCACUUUGAUCGAAAGGGAAAUGAUGGAGCUCGAAGAGAAAGAAAAGGCCGAAAGAAAGAAACGAGGAAAAGGUGCUGGCGGGACACCCAAGGUAUGCUCACAAAAUUAAGACGGCGACGUUCUUUUUAUUUUUCUGAACUUGCGUAUAGUCCUUAGAAAUUCAAGUCCAGAAAAAAAGUCGCCAACAUUUGACAGUUUGAACGAAAUGGAGUAAAAACAGCGCUAAUUCAUUUUUUAACUGACGAUUUUGUUACUUCGCCGUCGGGGUUACGAAAGACAAUGCAAAUGCCAGGACCAGUUGCUACAUAUAUGACACGCAAUAUCACAAGCUUAGCACCGGAAAGUUAAAGCGCCUAAUGUGAUGGAAACCUAAGUUGUAAUCCUUUCUUUUUAGUUACAAAAUAAGCUUUCGCGCCGACUUUGUUUGUGCCUUAUGUCAAUAUUCGCCGCAAAUGUUUGAAAGAACUAACAUGCGAUUUUUCUUUUCUUUUUUUUGUUUUUUGUUUUGUUUUUUCCAGGCUCAAACACCAAGCAAAGACGAAAAGAAACGAAAAGCCGACGGGACGCCUGACGGUCGUGGCCGCAAAAAAAAGAAACAGUAG